AUGAAGCUCCUGCUGCUUUUUAACUUACUCCAAAUCCAGAAAAUUCUGGCCGAACCAAUAGAAAAAGGCGACGUCAGUACCUGCGUUACUAAAAUAGUCAAAAAAUUCUACCCCUACAGCGCCUUAGUUACGUUCGUCGACGUCAAAUUCGGAAAAGGAGAUAAUAUUUUAAAGGAACUAUCUCUCCUAUAUCAUAUCAAUAUAUUGACGAGGAACACAGACAAUCUCGAAAACUCGGCGAGUGACGUUUUAAUCGUAGCAGCCGGGGGCUUAUCAGAGUUCAUUUACAAAUUUCCGAACCUAGAACGGGAACCGGACUGGAGUCCUAAGCGAAGACACCUCAUCAUCAUAGACAACCUGGAGGAAAGGGAUUUAAUACCCAUAUUUUAUACUCUCCUGAAACUCUGCACUUACAAUGCGAUCAUCAUUGACAACGCGCUUGAUCCAAUCAUAUACACCUACAAUCCUUUCGAAAAUUACGCCUGCGGUAAAAGAUUCGAUAGAAUCAUUCAAUUGGGUAACUGCUCGGGUGCCUUGAACGACAUAUAUUUUUACAAAUACAUCACCGGCCUCAGGAACUGUACGUUCCGAGCAACCAGCGCGCACUGGCCUCCGUACAGCAUAGAUCCGAAACUGAGGAGGGGUCCGUCGGGUGUCGAGGAGUACAUCAUAGAUAUAUUCAGCGAGAGGGAACAGUUCCACAUCAUCCACAACAACUACAGCAACGACGCCGAAAACUUCUCCACGAUAUCCAAGAACUUGUCCGCCGUGGGGCCGCUAACCGUGAUUCAGAAGAAGAAGGAGGACAUGAUGUACGGAGGCAUGCUCCUGACAAACUCGAGGGCCUCAGCGUUCGACUUCAUCUGGGUCCACCUGCCGUACGUCGACGAUGUCAGGAUUCUGGUAAAAGCGGCCACCGAGGUGGCCGCCUGGCGGAACUGCUACUUGGAGUUCUCUUUAGCGGUGUGGUUGUUAUUCGUCACCGUGUUCCUCGUCUACUACGCAGUGAUGCUUUUGCUGAUGAAAUCCGGCGACCGAGGAAUUCUUUUCCUUAAAAUGUUCGACUACUUCUUUCAACACGGGAGCAGGCUACCGAACGACUUCAACUUCAAAUUCUUUGUUAUUUUCUGGAUUUGGUUCGCGUCUCUGAUGAGCUCGAUUUACCAGUCCAGCCUGGUCGGGCUCAUCACCAACCCCAGCAAGAACUAUCAGAUAGCGACCGUGGAGGACAUCACCAAGUUUAAUCUUAAACUGUGCAUCUGCCCGAUGAUGUCGAAGUAUUUCGUUUCCGUCGACGAGGAUCUGUACGCAGAGGAGCACGGAACCUUCGACAAAUGCGAUAAUCUUCUGAAAAGUAUCAAGACCGUGAGCAAAUCGGAGAACCUCUACACGUACACCCUGUACGCCGUGUACUCCUACUACAAGUAUCUCUUUUACGACGAAUACGGAAAAUCCGAGAUAUACGCCUUCAAAAAUCCGACGAAUAAGGUGGUAUACGCCAUCUACCUGUACAAAGGUUUCCCCAUGUUGGGGAGGCUGCAGAAUUUGUCUCUUCGUCUCCGAGAAAGUGGAUUGACCACUUACUACUUCACGAGGUUGUUGGACGAUCAGAGGAAGGAGUUCGUCUUCGAGGAACCGGUGAGGAGCUCGAUGGUGGUUGUGCCGUGGUAUAUACUCAUCAUCGGCACCACCAUAUCCAGUGUAGCGUUCAUCAUUGAACUCAACAGAAAACCAAAUCACGUUACCCGUCACGACUCACGACGGUCAUAA